GUUUUAUUUUAUCUGUGGUUAAAAAAGGGUGAGUGAACUGCCUCAUUGUUAUUUAUUGCAUUUGCCUCUAAUAAUACAUUAAUUAGCCGAUUUACUGGUACAGUGAGUGCAAUAACAUACAUAACAGGCCGUGACAGCCAUGCCGAUGUGAGUAAUAUCAGAGGUGUGGCGCGUCUCAGUGGGGCGUCGUUUGGUAGUGCAAGUGACAUUAGAUAUACGAAAAAAUAAUUUUACUAUCUCGUUAUAAGAUGACGGAGUACAAGUUAGUGGUGGUAGGGGCCGGUGGCGUGGGUAAAUCUGCAUUGACUAUACAAUUGAUACAAAACCAUUUCGUUGACGAAUACGAUCCUACAAUCGAGGAUUCAUAUAGGAAGCAAGUGGUAAUAGAUGGGGAGACAUGUCUCCUUGACAUCUUGGACACAGCUGGUCAAGAGGAAUACUCCGCGAUGAGAGACCAAUAUAUGAGGACGGGAGAAGGUUUCCUGCUGGUGUUUGCAGUGAACAGUGCUAAGAGUUUCGAGGACAUUGGCUCGUACAGGGAGCAGAUCAAGCGAGUUAAGGACGCGGAAGAGGUGCCGAUGGUGCUAGUGGGCAACAAGUGUGACCUGCAGGCGUGGGCGGUGGAUAUGACACAGGCGCGAGAGGUAGCGCGAAGUUACGGUGUCCCAUUCGUGGAGACAUCAGCCAAGACACGUAUGGGGGUAGAUGAUGCUUUCUACACGCUAGUCCGGGAAAUCCGCAAAGACAAGGAGAGCCGGGGCAAAAAGUAUAGGAGAGGUAACAAGGGGGGUUCACGGCGCCCCAUCAAAUGUGAAUUGUUGUAAAUUUUACAUUUUAAUUCUAAUUCUCUUUCAAGUUCCACAGUUUAUCGUAAGAUCACUGCUGUUAAGUUGCGAACUUUUUUCUAAGAGGUUAUACCAUUCGAAUAUGACGUUUUACGAUUGCAUUAUAGCUUACAGAUAGUCUAUAGAUAGUUAAUGCAAAGCACAAAAGUCAGUCAAAAAUUCCUCCCGAGUCCUUUUGGGCUGGAUUUUGAACUGCAGUAACAAUACUACGGGCCUGUCCCACCAAAUUGUAAAUUGUCUGAUAAUCUGAUGAAAUAUGUGAUGGAAGUAUCGGAUUUCGGUACACCAACAGUCACUUUUAAGCUAACAGAGCCGCUAUCAGCCAGUGGUGAGACAGGCCUUUAAUUUUAAACAAACUUUAAAAUUAUAUGUAACUAUCUAUAGAUUAUAUAUGUUAUCCAUAUUAUAGCAAUUCUCGAUACCAGUUGUGAAAUAUUUUUAAUGAAGUAGGAUAAAAUUGUACUUUCUCUUUGUGUUUGUACACUAAAGUUUAUGCAAUAUCCAGUGAGAAUUGUAUCUGUUAAAUACAUAAGAGUAAAGAUUACAUAUGUAUAGUUUUCACAAACAAUCAAAGCAUUUCGAUUGUCGAUAUUUUAUGACGAAACGAUGAAAUAUUAAAUGACACUUAUGUCUUAAAAAGUAAAAUAUUGUCUCUGGUUUAGUAGAGCAAUUGGCAAGCUCACAUAAUCCAAAUUUUUCUUGUACAUAAAAUGUUAUCAAUGUUAUGGAAUAUUUUUAAAGCAUGGUAUGGAAUAUUUACAUUACAUAAGAGUGGCCGCACACCAAAGACAAAACUAUCACACAACCGUUGUGCGAUUGUUCGCAAUACAACUGAUUAGUUGCACAGCUAUAGAGUAGUGUACUUCCAUAUAAGCUCAUAGGAAUCGAAGCGAAAUUAAACUAUUGUGUGAUAGUUUUGUCAAGGGUGUACACACACACUUUAGUCUUGGGCUUAAUCGGACAUCUGCAAGUGCGCACCGUACUAGUACAAUUGGGAAAACGUACUAGUACACACUUUUAGUACCUUUAGUACUUCAGAUUUGUGAAAACACAAUAACAUGAAUAGAAUAUAACGAGGGUUGUAU